UGGCUCGCGGCCCAACUAGCAGGUCCCUGUGUCCCGACAGGUGCGACCCUGACCGCCCAUGCCUGCGGGCACCGGGAGGCGCGGCCUCCCCCAGGGCCUCCACCUCUGCUGGCUCUUCUGCGCUUUCACCGUAGAGCUCUGCCGAGCAGAGGCUUCCGUGCGGGAGGAGAAGCAGUCAGUGAGCACCUCGACUUUGCCGUGCUGGCUGGGAGAAGAGUUCGUGGUCGCAGAAGAGUGUACUCCGUGUUCCAGUUUUCAGGCUAAAACCAUCCCUGAGUGUGGUUCCACAGGUUAUGUUGAGAAAAUUACAUGCAGCUCCUCUAAGAGAAAUGAGUUCAAAAGCUGCCGCUCAGCUCUGAUGGAACAACACUUAUUCUGGAAAUUUGAAGGGGCUGUGGUGGGUGUGGCUUUGGUCUUCGCAUGCCUUGUCAUCAUCCGUCAGCGACAACUGGACAGAAAGGCUCUGGAAAAGGUCCGGAAGCAAAUUGAGUCCAUAUAGCUACAUUCCACCCUUUUAUCCUGGAUUUUACAGACCAUAUCUCAGAGAAAGUGAAAUGGACUGAUUUGCGCCUUUGGUUCUUAGGAAUCUUGUGGUGGUAACCCCUUCUCCCCAUCUUCCUCUCCAUGUCAUUAAUAAGCACAAUAAAAAAGAGUAAUUUGG